AUGGCGGCAACGGAAGCCGACGCGGCGCCCGCCGUCCAAGAAGACGGCAAGAGUCCGGAGAGCGAGCGGACGGAGGCGGAGCAACCUGCGGAAAAAGACGGCGCGGCCGUCAACAGCGAGGCCGUCCCUACCGAAGAGACGGCGGAGAACGCCGAGGAGGCCGGAGCGGCCGGCGGCGACUCGGCGCCCCCUCAGAGCGCCGAGAACCACGAGCACAAGACCUCCUUCCUGGACUCCUUCCUGAACAAGAGCGGUCUGGGGAAGGUGAUGUCCGGGAGGAAAAAGAAAGAGGACGGCGCCGCCGAGGGGACGGAGAAAGACGCGGAGAACGAGGCGGCGGAGCCGGAAGCCGAAGCGGCGGAGAAAGCGCUGGAAAACGGCGAGAAGGACGAGGAGAAAAAGAGCAAAGAGUCCAAGUCCUCGGUCCGGGAUCUGAUCCGGAAGCCGGUGGCUAAGAUCUUCUCGCACCGGAGCGCGGAGAAGAAAGACGGCUCGGAAGCUCCCAAACCGGUUCGCUCCAGGUCUCUGGAUCGCCUGGAGGAUCCUCAAGCGCUCAGCACCGAGGAGGCGGACGGCGGCGCGGAGGGCGGAGCCGAAGCGGAAACCGAAGCGGAGGCGGAGCAGAAGGCGUCCUCCUCGUCCGCCACCAAGCACAUGAAGCGCUGGCACUCUUUCAAGAAGCUCAUGGCCCAGAAAACGCACAAGAGGAGCGUCGGCGAAGAGGGCGCCGACGGAGAAGGAGGCGGAGACUCGUCCACGUUGGACUCCAAGGAGUCGGGACAAAAGAGGUGGAAGCUCAAGCGUUCCUGGACCUUCCAGGGACUCAAGAGGGAUCCGUCCGUGGUGGGCAUCAGCGGGAAGACCAAGAGCGGAGAGAAAGAGCAGGAGGCGCCCGACGGCGAGGAAGAGGGCGGCGAAGGAGAGAAGGCGGAGGGGAGCGAGGAGGACAAGGCGGCAGCGGCGGGGGGCACCGUCACGCAACACGCCAACGAGAUCUGGACCUCCUUUAAGAAGCGAGUCAUCCCCAAGUCCAAGCGGGCAAACACCGAGUGCCAACCUGGCGGGGAAGAUGACGCAAACGCCGGAACCGCCUCAGGCGAAGACGGCGCGACGGAGGACGGAAAAGACGCCAAGUCGGCCAAAGCCAAGCGCUCCCACUUCGGCCGUGCCGUCUCCCUCAAAAACUUCAUCCUCCGCAAAGGCAAGUCCACCAGCGUGGACAUGGGCGACGCCGCCAAGGAAGAAGAAGCGACGCCCGCCGAAGAAGGCGGCGACGGCGACGCCGGUGGAGACGGCGAAGGCGACGGCGAAGCUAACAAACCGACCGAAGCGGGAGACGCCGGCGAAGCUAGCGAAAGCGUCGCCGACGACGGCGAGGCGCGGCAGGAAGCCGAGAAGACGCCCGUCGCCAACGGCGAGAACGGCUGCGAGAACGGGACGGCCGAGGACGACGCCCACGACGAGCGACCGGACCGGGAGGAGGAGAACAGCCCGCUGAAGAAGAGCAAGGAGGUGGGCGGAGCCAAGGAAGAGACCAACGCCAAGGUCAUCAACGCCGCGGCGCCGCCCGUGAACAGCGGUGAGUUACCGCCGUGGCGGCGGGACGAGCGUCACCGCUUGCGAGGAGACGCCAACGGCUCGCCGCUAACGAGCGUUAGCGAUGAGUUGUGGGGGGAGGAGCAAGAGGAGGAAGAUGAUGAGGUGGAGGUGGUGAGGAAGAGAGAGCUAAGGGACGCGGCAGCGGCCAUCGUCCGAAGCGUAGUGUCCGCCGCCGCUGACCAAUUAGAGCGUGAGGUGCGGCGUGGAGCUCUGGAUGGAUGCUAG